AUGAUCUCGCCCAUCACUGAAGGCACAUCGCGUCCUGAGCAGGCAAUCAAGCCUUCCCUUCUCGUCGGCCCUUCAUCCACCCCGCUGCGAUGGAUCAAGCGCAGCGUCAAUCACGACUGCAAGUCUGAUCGGGCAGCGCAGCAUUCCGAGGAGGUAUGGCGCGGCAUGGAGCUGGAUGAUGGUCAGGCAAAGAAUGUGCUGGUGUUGGGAGGCUCAUACGGUGGCAUGCACGCUGCCAGCGUCCUGGCACAAAAGUUGCCACCCAGCCAUCGCGUCAUUCUGAUCGAGAGAAACUCGUGAGUGGAGCGGUCGUGAGUUGCUGCUUUGCGCACGCACGGCACGGCACGGCACGGCACGGCACGACAGCGAGCCGAAUGCUCAAUGGCACAACGUUGUCCAUCUUUGCAGCCACUUCAACCACCUCUACGUCUUUCCUCGAUUCUCGGUCAUGCCAGGCAAGGAGCACGCCGCAUUCAUCCCAUACUCUUCCUUGUUCGAUGCCGCCCCGGCCAGACCGAGCGUGCGAGACCGCUGGUCGAGCGAGCAUCAGCAGAAGCGACAGGCGCACGCAGCCACCAGUCGGGACCCGCACGGUCCGACAGGCGAUGGAGCUGCUCUGCUCGGCUUUGAGCGUAAUCCGCUGGGCGGGCGCGACCAAGCAACGCAGCGACAUGCAAACGCUGCUGCUCAGCAGGCAGGGGUAGCGUCCACACAGUGGCGAGACUCUGACGAACCUAUACUCCAAGCACAGCGCACCUCAACGCCAACGUCAGAUCGCUCAUCUCGCGCCACAAUCACAGCAUCCGACUCUGCCUCCACUCGCUCCAGCCCCGACACUGUCGCCACUUCUGUCGAUCGUAACGAAGAGAGCGACAUCGAGGAAGGGCCUCAAGUACAGAUCCGCAAACUCAAUGAGCGGGGAGAGGUGGAGCAGCAAGCUGAGACGCUAGUCACCGAGUGCGACGUCUCUCAAGAGUUUCGACAAUCUCACGCCCAUCAAGUGCUUCAAGCUAGCGUCGUUAGCAUCACAGACUCGCACGUGGUGGUGCAGCCGGCGUCGCCCGCAAGUAAUGCAGCGCGAGAUGGAGAGCAGCCAACAGCAAAGCCGCUGUGGCAAAUUGAUCAGCGUUCCAUCCCAUACACCCACCUCAUCUACGCUCUGGGAUCCCAUCUUCCCGAUCCGCUGCGCACGCCUGCUCGCACAAAGCUGCAAGGGCGUUCCUGGUUGCAAGCCAUGCAAAGGCGCGUCGCACAAGCUCAUGACAUUGUCAUUGUCGGUGGCGGCGCGCUAGGCGUGGAAUAUGCUACGGAUAUCGCUAGCCUAUAUACGGGGAAAGAGGCAAAGAAUGUCACGCUGAUUCAUUCGAGAAAGCAGCUUCUGCCUAGCUUCGAUUCGAGGGUACACGAGGCGGCAUACGAGAGAAUUCUGGAGCUCGGUGUCAAUGUGGUGCUGGGAGAGAGGUUGGCCACCAGUGAGGGAUGCCCGCGAGGCAGCACGAGCAAUGCGCAGCAGCAGUCUUUAGCUCAGGACAGCGUUGGGGGCGGCGCUACCUGUGAGGGCGCACCUGCGGGGGAGGGUCCCGCCGCGGCUAGUUCGGGAAUGUGUCUUGGGGCAGGCCGCAAGCUGAUCAGGACCACGACGGGUCGCGUGCUAGAGGCGGACUUGUUGCUGCUUUGUACGGGCCAACAACCCUCGUCGCAGAUUUUGGCAGAGUUUAGUCCCACUUCCGUCGAUCCUACCAGCCGUCUGAUCCGCGUCACGCCUCACCUGCGCGUCGCUAGACCUGCAGAUGCUGCACCCGGUCCCGUCGAACCGAUCAACCCUUGCGGCGAUUGCGAUUGCUUUGUAGAUGGCAAAGCUCACACGGUGGACAAGCACGGCAACUUGUCUGCAGCGGCUCAAGUCGAUGCGGACAAGGAAGCUAUCCACAACGUCUAUGCCAUAGGAGACUGCGCCGAUGCGUUUGGCGCCCUCAAUGCUGGCUAUCAAGGUGAGCGCCUUGCCAAGAUCGCCCAUGCAAGCGCAGGCUGACCACCGUUUCUUUCUCUCUGCUCAGCUUGGGCGAUGGCUGACGUAGCAGCCGAAAAUAUACUGCGGAGCAUUGAACAUUCUUCGGGCUCAUCCGCGUCCACAACGGCCAACUCCGCUUCGGACACGCAACGGUGGCAGAGCUUUACGCCUGCACCGACUAUGCUCAAGCUCUCAUUGGGUUUGGGCAAGAUGGUUUUCCAGGGUGCGCCAGCUGCUGACCUAGAGACGGGCGAGAUGCGACCUACCAUCGAGAUCAAGGAUGAUCCGCAUGACCUGGCUGUCGAGGGUGUUUGGGGAAUGGCAGGUCACCACACUAGAGAUUUGUAUUUGUAG